AUGGAUGUAACGGAUUCCCACAUACUGCUUAUUUUAUUGUAUUACUAUGUACAGCCAGUUGUAAAUAUUAGAAUCAAUCAUUUCGAAUGUCCAAGACGAUGCACCUGUGUUCCGGAUGUAGCUGAACAGGAUCGUUUUAUUAUAAGUUGUAAAUGGUCAUCAACAUCAACAUCAACAACAAUAACAUCCGAUAAUAAAUGGAAACAAGAAAUAUUCGCUCAAUUUCCAUUAAAUAUUACAAAAACUCUUAGUAUCGAAUGUGAUGACAAUGAUUCGCUAUCAAUAACAUCGAUUAUUUUUGAUGAAAAUUUAUUUAGCCAAUUUAAUAAUUUACAACAUUUACGAAUACAGAAAUGUCGCACACAUGCUUUUCCUAAUUCGUUACUACAUAAACUCAGUAAUUUACGAUCGGUAUAUUUUAAUCAAUUAAAUGUUCCGGAUAAAAAGCUCACUUUACCGGAUCAAUUUUUCCUGAAUAAUAAACGAUUGGAAAAACUCACCAUUGUGGACUGUAAUUUGGAAGCUUUACCUGAUACAUUACUCUGUGAUAGUCCUUAUAUUCAGGUGAUAAAUGUUUCACAUAAUUGGUUACGAAGUGCUCGUUUAAGUAUCAAUGCCGAUGAUGUUAAUAGUGAUAAUAAUGAUAACAGUGCUGGCUCAUUAGUUAAAUGUAACAAUAAAGCGGAGCAAUUGAUAAUCAUCGAUUUGAGCUAUAAUCAAAUUCGAUCAAUUACUGAUAAUGAUUUAAUACAAUUUGUUGCAAUACGACAACUUUUAUUAGCCAAUAAUCAAAUUAGCUUUAUUAAUCGUAAUGCAUUAAAAGCUUGCGCACUGCUACAACAAUUACAUAUUGGAAAUAAUAAUAUCGAAGAGUUACCUAUUAUGCCAGAAACAUUAAUUCAUUUGGAUAUUGCCUGGAAUCAUUUAAGUAUUAUUCCAUCAACAAUAGCUAAUUUACCAAAUUUAUUAUUUUUGAAUCUCAGUGGAAAUGCUAUCGAUGCAAAUACUCCAUUUCCUAUUAUUAGUAAAACAUUAGAAACGAUUGAUCUCAGUCGUAAUCGUCUUGAAUUUAUCCCAGAAAAUUUAUUUUUGCAUUGUUCUCAACAACUGCAACAUUUAUCACUCAGUUAUAAUCGGAUUACACAAUUGGAACCAUUAUUUUUUCAAAAUUAUUCAAAUUUACUAGUGCUUGAUCUUAGCUCCAAUCGAAUAGCAGAAAUUGAAGAAGAGAAUUUACAAGGUUUAAUAAGUCUAACUCAUUUAUAUCUAUUCAAUAAUUCAAUUUAUCAAGUUGAUAUGGGUACAUUUGAAACAACACCACAACUACAAGAAUUACACCUUGGUAGAAAUUUACUAAUCGAAGUACCAUUUGCAUUGGGACGUUUAUUCAAACUUCGCUACCUUGAUUUAUCAAAUAAUCAAAUCAGCAAAACUUAUAAGUUUCUUUUCAACAAAUUGCCACAUUUGCAAACGCUGAAUUUUUGCAAGAAUAAACUUACAACGAUCGAUUCGUAUAUUUUCUCGGAUAUGCCUCGUUUAAUCGAACUUGAUCUUUCAUUCAAUACAAUCGAUCAUUUGGCUGAAGAUGCAUUUUCAAAAUGUCCCAAAUUACGUCAACUUGAUUUGUCUGGCAAUUAUUUAACAAAUUUCAAUGGAGCACUUCAAGAGUUACAAAAUCUUAAACGUCUCAAUUCAAGUUUUAAUAUGAUUCAAUUGCUACAAUGGGAUGAAUUUCCAGUAACAAUGACACAUCUUGAAAUGAGUAAUAAUCAAAUUACCCUACUAAGUAGUACCCAACGAUCUAGGAUACGUCAUGUACAGUUACAACGAAAUCGUAUAAUGGCUUUAACAGAUGAGCAAAUUCCGAAUACAGUGGAAUAUUUAAAUCUAAGUGAUAAUUUAAUUCAUACAAUUGAUAAUGGUACAUUUCGAAAUAAACAAUUUCUAAGCAGUUUGGAUUUACGAAAAAAUCAAUUAACAAAAUUAGAAAUAGCAGCAUUUAUGGUAGAUAGUUUAACAACUGGUCAUCCAGUAAGACUAUCUAUAGCUGAUAACCCAUUAGACUGUAGCUGUGAAAUGGAUUGGAUUCGUAACAAUAAAGAUGAGAAAUCGCUUAUUGAUAUUAUUGAUGAUAAUCGUGCUGCUUGCUUACAUCGAAUUUAUAAUCGACGUAUUUUAUUAUCGGAAGUUAGGAAGGAUGAUUUACUCUGUAGCUAUAAACAAGUCUGUGAGCCAAAUUGCAUUUGCUGUCAGUAUGGUAAUUGUGAUUGCAAAUCAAAAUGUCCUGAUGGUUGUCACUGUUAUUAUGAUGUCACAUAUACCAUAAAUAUUGUACGCUGUACAGCAUUACAAUCGGAAGAUCGUAAUAACUUUUCACCAAAAGAUAUACCAAUGUAUGCUACACAUAUUUAUUUGGAACAUAUGGAAAUUCCUGUGGUACGAAGUCAUGAUUUCCUGGGACGUACACGCCUUUUGCACCUUCAUCUUAAUCACUCAUCAAUACGGGAAAUACAACCUUUAGCAUUUAAUACAUUACCAUCAUUACAGUUAUUAGAUCUCUCUGGAAAUUAUUUGAUACGAUUGACUGGUGAUGAACUAUAUCGAACGAAUAAAAUAACAACCUUAUUGCUUCAUAACAAUCAUUUAAUGUCACUUGAUGAUCGGCUCAAUGAAGUGAUGCCAAAACUAAAAACUAUUACUUUACAUAAUAACAGAUUACAGGAUUUACCUCUAUCUAUCGAACAAUAUGGUAAACAGAUUACGGAUAUCACGCUAGGCUCUAAUUUCUUUCGUUGUGAUUGCUCGCCACGUUUUCGUAUACAAUUUUGGUUUUCACGUAAUUUAGAUUUGAUACAUGACGUAUCAGAUAUUUUUUGCGUUGAAAAUAUUAGUCAUGCAAUUCGUGAGAAUGAUACAACAAUUCUUAGUGCUUAUUCACCAAAUUUUGGCGAUGAUAUCUUUAAAAUACCAAUGGCACAAUUUAUUGCUACUGCUAAUACGACAAUUUGUGCACCUACCGCAAGCGGUGUUUUUGGUAACGAAGGGACAACAAAUUCAUUCCUUAUCAUUACGGUACUGUUUGCUGUAGCAUUAAUAACAACCGGUUUGGUACUUCUGGUUGUGUUGUUUCUUCGAAAGACAAAAUCAGCAAUAGUACAACGAAGGUAUAAGGUACCACCAUCAUUUACCGGUACACAUACUACACCUGGUUCCAGUCCAUUACCACUGAUCCAUUUCGAUGCUUUCAUUAGUUAUUCCAAAAAAGAUGAAAAACUUAUCAUCGAUACCCUAUACAGGCAACUCGAAUCUGAAGAGUAUAUUUUAUGCCUGUUACAUCGAGAUGGUCCAAAUUAUAGUUCGCGGGUACAUACAAUAUCUGAUGAACUUAUCAAUCAAAUGGAAUGUGCUCAAUCCCUUAUACUUGUUCUAACUCAACAUUUCUUAGAUAACGAAUGGAAAACAUUACAGAUUAAAACAUCUCAUCAAAUUUUUGCUAAAAAUCGUCAUAAAAAAUUAAUUGCAUUACUUGGUGAUGGUAUUGAAGCUAAUCAACUGGAUGCUGAAUUAGGUCAAAUUUUACGGAAAAAUACGUGUAUACGAAUGAAUGAUCCGUUAUUCUGGAAUCUAUUACAUUCAGCUUUACCCAUUCGAAUAGCACCGUCAUCCUGUAGCGGUGGCUCAUCACAGAUUUAUUCCGAUUGUUACGGUAGUAUUGUGCCUAGUGAUAUUGUUUAA